CUCUGUCCCUCUGUCCCUCUGUCCCUCUGGCCCUCUGGCCCCCCCGCCUGGCGCUGCCCCCCCGGCCGUGCCCAUCUUUGGCCGUGUCCCCACGUGGCGCCGCGCGCAGGUGGCACCGGCCGGGAAACUCUGAGUCACAGCCGGGGGCCAGCGGGGGCACCGCGGGGGCACCUGGGGCAACCGCGGGCACCCGGGGGCAACUGGAGACACCUGCGGGCACCUGGAGACAGCUGCGGGCACUCGGGGGCACCUGCGGGCACCUGCGGGCACCUGGGGACAGCUGCGGGCAACUGAGGGCACCCGGGGGCAGCGACAGCGGCUGCCACAGAGGCCAAUGGAGGCGCCGCCGGAGGCCGCUGCCGAGGAGGAGGAGGAGGAUGAAGAUGAGGAUGAGGAGUCGGUGGCGCGCGCCCAGGAGCGGCUGCUGCGGGGCGCUGAUGGAGCGCGCGGGCCGGGAGCUGCCCCGGCGGGAGCUGGAGCGCGACUGGGCCGUACUGGGAGAACUGGGCAGCGGCUCCUACGGCCGCGUGGUGCUGGCAGAGCCCCGGCACGGGGGUGCGCGGGGUGGCGCUGAAGCUGCUGCGCAAGGAGCGCACGCCCAGGUGCGGCUUCCUGCGGGAGUUCUGCACGCAGCGUGCCUGCAGGGGGCGCUCUGCUGCCUGCAGGUGCUGCCGCUCGCCUUCGAGACGGGCACCGAGUUCGGCUUCGCCCAGGAGCUGGCACCGGCGGGGGACCUGUGCGGGCUGCUCACACCUGGGGUGGGCCUCCCGGAGCCGCAGGUGAAGCGCUGCGCCGCGCAGGUGUCGGCAGCCCUGGGCUACCUGCACGGCCACGCCCUGGUGCACCGCGACCUGAAGCUGGACAACGUGCUGGCCUUCGACCGCGAGUGCCACCUGGUCAAACUGGGCGACUUCGGCCUGACGCGGGUGCUGGGCUGCCAGGUGUGCCCGGCCUCGAGCCCCGCGCCCUACGCCGCACCUGAGCUGUGGCACCUGCGCGGGGCCGGGGCGCGGCUGCGGUUGGAGCCCGCGCUGGACACCUGGGCCUUCGGCGUCCUCCUGUUCGCGCUGCUCACCGGCACCUUCCCCUGGGCCUCACCUGCGCCCUCCGACCCCGCCUUCCGCCGCUUCCGCGCCUGGCACGGCCGCACCUGCGCAGGUGAGGCCCCGGCGGUGCCGCCGCCGCGCACCUGGAGGGCUCUGGGGGAGGCGGCGCGGGGGCUCCUGCGGGGGCUGCUGCACCCCGAGCCCGGCCGGCGCUGCCCACCUGGGGAGGUGCUCAGGUACCUGGGCAGGCCGUGGGGGGGGCGGGGCGGGCAGGUGAGGCUGGCGGGGGAG